AUGGACAAAUUGAUCCAUUUGCAAACCGAUUUUAAUUGCGAUGUCUUUUUCUUCAUCUUCAGUCUUAUUUUAUUAAGUAACUUUGAUCAAUCCCAGCAACUCUAUAGAGGUUUUUUGUUACAAUUAGCAAGAUAUCUGGACGAGAAAGUGGAUUCAGCAAAUAUUUUUAUAGAAAAUGAAAGAAAUGAAGAUGAAGAAGAAGAAGAGAGAGAGAAGGAAAAAAGCGAACAAGAAACAUGUUCAUAUAAAGCAUUUGCUUUACAUCUGGCGAUACAUCUGAAAAGAUCUGUAUUAAGUUUCAACAAAGUUGAAGAAGUGUGUGCUAUGUUUGGCUGGCUGGGGUCAGUGAAGCUCUCACUUUAA